CCACUGCUCUCACUACCUCUACUUCCUUACGUUCUACUGCCUCUGCCUCCGCUAUGUCUGAUACCGUGUCCUUUGAUCCUAUCACACCCAACGCUGCUAAAACUAACCUUUCUGCUACUUCCAUGCCACACGAUUCUAACCUCCCCCUCUCUAAUACUUAUGUAGCUCACAAAACCUCAGGCCUAUGUACUACGUCUGUCCCUGCUCUAUCACCCAAUUUUACAUCUGAAGCCAAACACUCCUCAAUAAUAUCAUCUGCAUCCCCUCUCUAUGACAGCUCAACCCCCACUGCUGUUACUCACACUACAUCAACUCCAGUGCUAAAGGACACUGUAGAAGAGCGACAGCAAACGGCAAAGUCUCACUCUGCCCCAGAAAAGCUUGUCUCUCAUUCUCAUCACUGGCCAUCUCCCUUGCUGCAAAAUGUUCUCUCUUCUCUCUUUAUUUUUUCUCGCGGACCUAGCUCCCUGGCUCCGGCCAGCCCUGAAGACCACGUGCUGGCUCCAAGAGAGUCUGUCUGGAGUUCAGCUAGACUCACUAGCCACAUUGACCUCAGCUCCUCCUCUGAGAGUGAUGAUGAGGAGGGAGACGAGAGUAGUGAGGGUGAAGAAAUAGACGAGCAAGGUGAUGAGUACACAGAUGGUGAUGGUGACAAGUUAUGCAACUCAAAACUGGAGCGACCAAGGAAAAGAAUGACGCCAAUCAUUUCAGAGGUAGUGCCCCAAAAGUGC